CUCAAGGUAAAACGCAGCAUAAUACACUGCCAGACUCAAAUGCCACUAUGUUCUGUUUCACUAUGACGAAGAAAAAACUCCUGUUACUCUUGUUUCUGACUUCUUUGGGACUCCUGCUAUGCCUCUUUCACACUACCAAGGAAAUAAAACGGUCUCAGUUGAUGAUCAAGAGCAGCAAACACGAGAAGCCAGUGGUGCUGUCCAAUGAGAUGAAAAUUGCUUGUCACAAUCUAUGGAAAAAGAUCCGUUCAUGGAACUCCCUGAAUAAAAUCUCACCUAAGGAUCUAAUUAAAGAAGUCCAGCUCAUGAAAGUAUGCCCUUGGAUACAGCACCUUAAAAACCACAAUAAUUACAGGCUGGAGCUUCAGAGCUGCUGUAAUGCCAGUCAUAAUCUGGUUCUCACCAAAGGGAAUAUAAAAGUUGGAGAUAAAAUCACAUUUGAAAUGGAGACAAAAAGGACUCAUGUUGUCGAUGAGGCUCUCUAUGAAAUGCUUCUGGAAGAACCUUUGUGGAGCAAGACUUUGGGACACUGUGCUAUAAUAGGAAAUGGAGGGAUUUUACGUAACAGCAACUGUGGAGAGCAGAUUGACCAAGCAGACUUUGUUAUCAGGCUCAACUUGCCACCUUUAAAUUACACAACUGAUGUUGGAACUAAGACAGACCUGGUGACAGCAAACCCCACCAUCUUGUCCAAGUAUGAUAAAUUGUCCUAUGCCAGGAAGCCAUUUGUUCAACUGAUGAAGUCUUUUGGACACGCAGAGGUGCUGAUGCCAGCUUUUACUUAUGCCUUUUGCAUGCAGCCCUCUUUCAGGGUUUACUUUACUCUUCAGGACUUCAGUCUUCAGCAUGUCUCCUUCCUACAUCCAGGUUACCUGAGCAAGCUGCACAAAUACUGGCGUAGUAAAGGACUAACGUUCACACGGCUUUCUUCUGGAAUGAUACUGGUCAGCGUUGCCAUGGAGCUUUGUUCUAAGGUUUCUCUUUAUGGGUUCUGGCCUUUCUCCUUUGACCUAAAUGGACAACCCUUGAUGCAUCACUAUUACGACAAUCAACCUGCUAAGCGUGGCAUGCAUGCAAUGCCACUGGAGUUUUUAACUUUACUCCAAAUGCACAGCAAGGGGAUGCUUAAGGUAAACCUAGGCAGGUGCUCAUGAUGGCUGAGGAGGACCUAUUCAUUUCUUGUAUAAAAUAACUUAUUAAUUUAUAAAACCUGCUUGCUGUGCUAUGCCUGGCUACUUCCUCCCUUUCCGACCAGGAUGGACUGCAUCUUAAUAUAACCCUAAAAUUGAAUUGAAUGGACAUAACCAGAGGCCUUGGUUUGGCUCUGUAUCUGGUCACCCUCGGUGUAGAGUGUACACCUUCUCGCUUUGACUAAGAAGUGUUUUAUGGUACUCCAGUCUUCAUCAGCAUUACAAAGAGGGUCAGUCUAAGUAAGUUAUUGACUCAAAACUGGUUCAGAAUAAGAGACUAUGGGUGUUUGUAAAAUUAAUGACUUUUUGACCAUGAUUGUUUCCCAGUGCUUCCCAAAACUGUCCUGACACUGUGACAGAUAAGGUGGUUUAAGGAAAUUGAUGGUUGGGAGGGCAACCUGCACGUUCAUUUUGUACUGAACAAAAAUGAAGGAUGCAAAGAGCCAAACAUUUAAUACUUAAUACUUUUGUAAUGCAUAUUUUUUAUUAACUCACAUUUUAAAUAUGUGUGGCUGUGACCAGCAGCCUGUCCACGAUUUCAAAAGACAGGAAAACUACUAAAAAGGAUAUGUUAUGUUUUGUCAUUCUU